AGACGUCAAACUCGUACACCGACUUUUUCUUUCACACACGCUCACCCUUGAUCUUUGGUUCUUUAUUUUAUUGGGGCAGGCGGCAUUUUUGUUUUGUCAUUUUACAUGGAGCUUCAACUGGGUCUCGCUCUUCCAAGCAAUCCCACCCAAGGGUUCGAUUUAAAUUUCUAUGGCUGCGAGUCUAAGGAGGGAAUGGUUUCUGACUCUUGCUACCAGGAUACUAAUGACAUCAACGACAAAAAACGUGGUUUUGAUCAAACCUCCUCCGAGAAUGCCGCUGAUAGCGCCACCGCCGUGCCUCGAACGCUGUCUUUGCUGCUUUGGAAUAACCAUCCGAACGAGGAAGACGACUACCCCAAAGACCUCGAGAAUCACUCCUUUUUCACUCCGAAAGAAGAUGACGGAGACGGAGAUGGCCUGGUGGGGUGGCCGCCAAUUAAAUACUCGCGGAGGAAUAAGAGAGUUUGCGACGAGAACAACGGGGCGGUAGUGGAGAAUGGGUAUGGCUGCGGAGGCAGAGGAUCAAACUCGACGUACGUGAAGGUGAAGAUGGAAGGAAUUCCAAUAGCAAGAAAGAUCGAUUUAAGUCUCCAUCAAUCUUUUGAGACACUCACAGAAACCUUGAUGGACAUGUUUGGGCAAUGGUGGUUGGAAACGGGCCAUAAAGAUUCAAACGAGUACAAGCUUGUUUACCAGGACUGGGAAGGAGACUGGCUAUUUACCCAAGAUGUAUCUUGGAGGACUUUUAUUCGGUCUGUACAACGUCUGAAAUUGAUGAAGAGCAGCGGUUGAUUGAGUGAGCUGUAGCUUUCAUUUCCUCCGGGUUUUGGUACAUCAACCUUAAAAGACUCAAUGCAUGCAGUUCCCUUUUGUAUGACUUUUGGAUGACCAUGUAAAUAUGGUUUAUGUUGUAGAACAACAACAUCCUAACUAGUUGUAUAACAUAUGGAUAACCAUUUGCCCCAAAAUUGAAAAAAA